ACGUUCCUAAUUCGUCAUUCUUUGACAGACGCUGGAAAGCAAGACGCUUGCUAAAAACGAAAGCUAACUGCGGAAGAAGACAGGCAGCAGAAGGAAAUAUGAAAACAAAAUGCUGAAUUGCUUGAAUUCACGAUGUCCAAAUUCCCUUUUUUUGUGAAAAAUCCGGAAAUUCAACUGUGUGACUCUACAAUUAUCGUGGGCAAGGCGGGCCUUUUGGCUGUCAACCACAGCAACAACACCUGAACCAGUUUCACAGAUCGACCUCGCCAAUAUGCCGUUUGUUUACCUCCUCUUCGAAAGAGCGCCUCAUCAAAUUUCGGAAUGAUGAUUAUCCCCAGCUGGAGGGGACGCGUUGUGCUGGAAUGGAGGUGAGCUUGUGCAGUGGAUAUAAGCAGUCUCAUCACCAAAAGCCAUUUUUUUGAAAAUAUAUGGACUCAGAUGAAUAAUUUCAAAACGUCUUCUCCAUAUUAAUUCAGUAGCGGCGGCUGCGACUACGCAACAUUGACGCUGCCCUAUCACGAUGGCGCACUUCGACACGGAGUACCAGCGCCUGGAGGCGUCGUACAGCGACUCCCCGCCGGGCGAGGAGAACCUGCUGAUGCACGUCCCCGAGGGCGCUAAAUCCCAGUGGCAUCACAUCGAAAACCUGGACCUGUUUUUUCAGAGAGUCUAUAAUUUGCAUCAGAAGAAUGGAUUCACGUGUAUGCUUUUGGGAGAGAUCUUCGAGCUGGUUCAGUUGGUGUUCGUGGUGGGCUUCACCGUGUUCCUCGCCAACUGCGUGGACUAUGACAUCCUCUUUGCCAACAAGUUUGUCAACCACACGGAUUCCUCCAAAGUCACCCUGCCUGACGCUUUCGUGCCCGUGAACGUCUGCAGCGCGCGCAUUCGAGACAACGCGUUUGUCAUCUUUGUGCUGAUGAUCUCCGGCGUGUUUUGGCUCCAUCGCCUGGUGAAAUUCAUCUACAACGUGUGCUGCUACUGGGAGAUCCGAUCCUUCUACAUUCAUGCCCUCAAGAUGACAAUGUCGGAGCUGCCGUACGCAACAUGGCAGGAGGUUCAGGCCAGGAUAGUAGAGAUCCAGAAGGAGCACCAGAUCUGCAUUCAUAAGAAAGAGCUAACGGAGCUUGACAUUUACCACCGCAUCCUCCGCUUCAAAAACUACAUGGUUGCUAUGGUGAAUAAAUCUCUGCUUCCUGUGCGUUUUCGACUUCCUCUCCUUGGAGAUGUUGUGUUCUUCACACGGGGCCUCAAGUACAACUUUGAGCUCAUCUUCUUUUGGGGGCCAGGCUCUCUCUUUGAAAACGAAUGGAGCCUGAAGCCUGAGUAUAAAAGAGGCGGGAACCGUCUGGAGCUGGCCGACAGACUGGCGUCACGGAUCCUGUGGAUCGGCGUCGCCAACCUCCUCUUGUGUCCCGUCAUCCUCGUGUGGCAGAUUCUCUAUGCGUUCUUUAGCUAUACGGAGGUGAUCAAGCGAGAGCCUGGUUCUCUCGGUGCACGAUGCUGGUCUCUGUACGGCCGAUGCUACCUGCGCCACUUCAAUGAGUUGGACCACGAGCUAAUGUCCAGGCUUAGCAAAGGCUACAAGGCCGCCUCCAAGUACAUGAACUGUUUCCUCUCACCUCUGCUGACUGUGGUGGCCAAGAAUGUCGCCUUUUUUGCCGGCUCCCUCCUGGCUGUGCUGAUCGCGUUGACCAUCUACGACGAGGACGUGCUGGCAGUGGAGCACGUUCUGUCGUCAAUCACGCUGCUGGGAGUGUGCAUCACAGUGUGCAGGUCCUUUAUCCCUGAUAAGCACAUGGUGUUUUGUCCCGAGCAGCUCUUGCGAGUCAUCCUGGCUCAUAUUCAUUACAUGCCUGACCACUGGCAGGGCAACGCGCACAGAUAUGAGACAAGGGACCAGUUCUCACAGGUCUUCCAGUACAAAGCCGUGUUUAUACUAGAAGAGCUGCUGAGCCCAGUAGUGACGCCCAUCAUCCUCAUCUUCUGCCUGAGGAGGAAGUCGCUGGAGAUCAUUGACUUCUUCCGAAAUUUCACCGUGGAGGUCGUGGGUGUGGGAGACACUUGCUCCUUUGCGCAGAUGGACAUCAGGCAACACGGGCACCCUGCGUGGAUGUCCGAAGGAAAGACCGAGGCGUCCAUCUACCAGCAAGCAGAGGACGGGAAGACAGAGUUGUCCCUGAUGCACUUUGCCAUCACCAACCCACAGUGGCAGCCCCCACGCGAGACCACGCACUUCAUUAGCCAGCUGAAGGAAAGAGUUCAGCGAGAGGCCACAGGCGCUCCUUCGGAUGCUCAUCCGCUCUCGCACUCUGAAUCCGAACCGAGGAGCCUGAUUGCCAAUCUUUUGGUGGCGCCGUCCACUCUGGCCUCCGUUCAUUUCGGCCGGGAUGGUUCAUCGAGCGGUCACGCGGUGGCGGGCAGUGAUGCGGUGGCAGCCUUGUGCUCACUUUCCCCGAUCAGCAGCAGUCUUCCCCUGAGGGGCAGCUUUAGUGCUGCUUACAGAACCGCCGGCCACGCCUCCACCAUGAACAGAACCAUGGCAGGCUCUGGGACGGAUGCCCGAACCCUGAGUUCCGGCAGCAGUGCAUGGGAGGCUCAACUCACCAGUUUGGUCUUGUCAGAGUAUGCCUCCACAGAGAUGAGCAUCCACGCGCUUUACAUACAUGAAUUGCACAAACAGCAGUCCCGCUGUGAUGCGCUCUCCCGCCACACGUGGCACAGGCAGGAGAGUGACGAGAGCAGCGACAGCAUCCCCGAUGAGGUGAAGAGCGUGUCUGGCUCCCGCUACAAACACUUCCCCCGCUCGCACACCUUUCCUACCGCGGUGCCCAGUCCCACAGCCAUCCCCUCUUCAGCUUCCGAAGGCGCUGCUGCCCCAGAGACGAAAAGU